AUGGUACUCGAUCGUGCGGGAUCUCUGAAAAGAAAGAGGGAAAUCUCAGAGGAUUUCAUCGAUGACGCUUCCGACAAAGAGGAUGAAGUACGCACACCACGCACCAACAUACCUCGCAAAAGGGCACGAAACGCCACCCGUGAGGGAAUCGAGCUCAUCGGUGACGAGUCCGUGCAAAGUGCGAGUUUGCGAGGAGACAACGCACAUCCCACUGAAGAGGCUGGUAUCUACAACCAGUCCAGUGGACUGUCGGACAUCGCACGAUGGCUUGAAGGACAUGAAGAGCCGACAUCUCGACCGGCUGGUCCUGUUGAGCGCCCUGCUGCAGCUCCUCCCACCGUUUCAAUGUCUCUCAUACCCUCUGCUACUGAUGGCACAUCCUCAGCUAAGCGGGUGUCGGUACCUGCUGUCGGCACGGCAACUCAAUAUGCCAAACGAGAGAUACAUGUAGGAGAUUCGCGCUCUGAUCCUGCGGUUGGAAAACUCUCGGAACUCAAGUUCCACUCCAAUAGUGUCGCUCGGGCUCUACCGGUCGAUGCGAAUGCAACUUCAGCUCGCGAUGUUCAUUACGACUACCUGGCAUGUCCCAAAAUGCUGUAUGAAUCGGAGGAGCUCGAGGCUAUCUUGAAGAAACGUCAGGAGCCUAGCGCUCCCGGGAAAGGGAAGUCUCGAGCACUUGAAGGGACAUACAGCUUCCAUGAUCCGGUCAUUCCUGCAACGGCAGCGUCAUCUGGAGUCCCUCCUCCUGCGAAGGAGAGCUCAGCACGGGCACUAGAAACCGUGCUGCCUGAGCUUUACAUGGAUUGGUUUGACUCUUCGUUUCAUGCUAUGACCGUCAGUGCCGAGCCGGAGAACCGCAUUGCUGCAGCCGGUAACUCUGCCAUACCACAUCCAGGUUUGAGCUCUCAUGGCGGACGCCGCCACUUUGCAACAGCAGGGAUGUCAGCCCUUCAUAACGAGCAAGUGACCACACUUGGAAAUAGUCACUCGGUUUCUCCAUCCUUCACGCCUAGCCAGGAGCCCAGCGCCCACCGCAUGUCGACGCCUGCAACUACGCCAGAUGCAUAUGGCUACGCUGUCAUUGAUGCAUUCCUUCGAGGCCUGUCGCAGGACUCGGCACCACCUGAUCAUUUUGUCCAGGCAUUCUUGAAUAUGGGAGUAAGCACCGAGGGCUUACUCGAUGACUUUGCCUGCUCAAGUCCUGAGCACGGUGGCUGGGAUGCGUUGAAGGAGGAGCUGAAAGUCGAUCAGGAUAGACGGAACAUAGCCUGGUACCUCAGGGUUGCGAACGCCCUGAAGGACAGAGCGGAGAAAGUCCGCGCAGCCAGACGCCGAAGAUCUUAG